GUCAGCAACAAACUUGAAUAUCUGGGUUCUGUACUUUUCUAAUAGGAGGAUAAUCCAUUAACUCGGGCAGUUGUAAGUGUAGCUGGUAAGUCGUGUGAGUUUUAUUUCAAAUAGUUUACUUUUAACUCUAAGAGCCUUGUUGAAGUGACUGAAGUGAAUGUAAAAGUAAAAGAUUCUGCCUGAGCAAAUCAACGAACUAAAGAAGAAAAGAAACGAAGAAAAUGGCUUCAAACAUCCCGCAGUCUGAGGCAGACUGCACCUGCCCUGUGUGCUGUGAUAUAUUUGAUGACCCUGUUUUGCUGCUGUGUGGUCACAGCUUCUGUCAGCAUUGUCUUAAGGAGUGGUGGAGAAAGAGCACACAGAGGACUUGUCCGGUUUGUAAAGAAAUAUUUCAGAUGUCUAAGCCACCAAGAAAUCUGGCUUUGAAAAACCUGUCUGAGUCCUUGAGACAGGAGAAGAACAAGCAGGCUGGGUCCAAGGAGUUUUGUUCCCUGCACGGUGAGAAGUUUAAAUUAUUCUGUCAGGAUCACCAACAACCCAUCUGUUUGGUUUGUCGGGAUGCAAAAGCACACAAAAAACACAACUGCAUUCCCAUUACUGAAGCAGCAGAGGAGUGCAGAGCUAAAUUCCAGCUCAAUUUGCUUAAUCUAAAAAGUAAGUGUGGAACUUUUGAGAGGAAAAAACAGCAGUGGGAUAAAAUGGCUAAUUACAUCCAGCUCCAGGCUCAGCGGACAGAGAAGGCCAUCAGAGGAGAGUUCGAGAAACUUUACCGGUUCUUACGAGCGGAGGAGGCUGAGCGGAUAGAUGCAUGUCGGAAAGAAGCAAAGGUUAAGAGUGACGCAAUGAACCUAAGGCUUGUAAACCUAAAUGAAGAGAUUUCUGACCUCAUGGAAAAAAUCAAAACCCUUGAAGAUGAGAUGAAAUUAGAUGACCUCUCGUUUAUGCUGAAUGUGAAAGCAACAAUACUAAGAUCUCUGUGUACACUGCCAGAACCAGAGACUCCAGCUGGAGCACUUAUUGAUGAGGCUAAACACAUAAGCAAUCUGCAGUAUUCAGUUUGGAAAAAAAUGGCAGAUAUCAUACUAUACACUCCUGUUACUCUGGAUCCCAACACCUGUAGCAGCCAUAUGACUGUAUUGGAUAACCUUACUAAACUGGUAGAAAAUUCUAAUUUUGACUCAAUUCCUGAUAAUCCUGAAAGGCUACACUGGGCAGACAUUCUUGGUGCUCAAGGUUUCAACUCUGGUAAACAUAGCUGGGAUGUGGAAGUGGAUGGUCAGUGGACUGUAGGUGUGGCUGCUAAAACCAAAUUUGCUGGUUAUCAAAAAUCAUGGGCAAUUUAUAUAUGCCCUUGUACCAAUGUCCUACGUAACCUUACUCUAGGGGAUUACAUCACAGAAAUCAAUGUAGAUCCAUAUCCUAAAAAAAUCAGGGUGUACUUUGAUUACAACAGAGGAAUAUCAUUUUUUGACCUUGAUCGAAAAAAGAUGGUGUAUGCCAUAGAAUACACUUUCACAGAAACAGUCUAUCCAUACUUUCGUGGAAAUGUUAAAAUUCUGCCAACUAAAUUAUCAGUCCGUAUAGAGCCUCGUUGAUCAUCAUUCUAGAAGCAUUUUAAAUCAAGCUUUCUGAAUUUUGACCUUCUUGACAAAACUUUCACUAACUUGUAUUUUGCUUUUUUUCUUUAUGGUAGUAAAUUAGCAUUGUUCUUAUUUUGUAUCAAGUUGACAAGCAGUCCAUGUUAUUAUGUUUACCUACUAAACAUGAUCUACAUGGGCUUGUUAAGGAAAAUCUCAGGAAUUCCAAUGAGUUUGCCAGGUGGAUUGAGGAAUUUUGAAAUGUGUGUCAAGAAUCCUGCCACUGUUAUUUUUGCCAAUGGCCAUAUUGCACUAUUGUAAUUUGUAAACUAUGAUUGCAUUAUAUGACUACAUAUUUUCACUGUAAAACAAUUACAUUUUUUUUCUGUGUAAACAAGGUAAGAUAGGAAAUGUAUUCAACUUGACAAAAUUCUAUAAAAAACAUUUUCAGCUUUCUAUUAAUCAAUGCUAAAGACAUCCACUUACUUUAUGGAUUAAAAGUAUUACUGUCCAAACAGUUACCUGAUAUUAUUAUUAUUAUUUUUUUUCUUCGGUUGUUGAUUUUUGUGAAAAUGCAAUAAAGUGGUAUUGUUAGAAAAUUAGUACAAUGAAAUCUACUCCUUUUAACAUUUUCUGAUUUGUUUAAUUUUUAUUUUUUUUUGUUUAUUUUUGUUUAUUCACAUUUUGCUUUCCAUGUGAAUGUUGAAUCUGUACAGUUUUGGAGCAUUUGGACCACAAGCCAGCUUAUUUUCUUCAUCGACAAAGGUUUAUUAUAUUAUUUCUGUGAGCCGUUUUCACAUGAUCUGUCUUGGUUAAAUUUAGAUGUUUCAUUGUGUAAUUAUGAAUCCUGGUAAGAAUCCAAUAUUGGUUUUUGAUAUGAUGUUUUUGAAA